AUGGAUGCUUCUUGGUUUUGUGCAGCAGAGUGGCUGUGUGAGUCUCGUUGGCUUAGUGAGGUUUUGGGUCCGGAUUGGGUUUGGCGCGGAUCACGCAUUGAUUUGUCGGCUCAGGCCCAUGGGCGAUGGUUAUUGAAUUCAGGUGGGCGCGAUCCGUCCUCCACAUUGUUUUGUACCGCGCAUGAUCAUCGGCAUGCUAGUCAUUGCGUUGCGCCCCUUGGCUCUUUGGUUAUCACUGGCAGGCCGGACCGUGUCAAUUUAGUAUUCGAGGAAGAGAUAAAGCCCUUGCUUCCCGUUGAAGAGGCGUUUCCCUUAUCAAAAGAAUUUCAUCGUAGUCUUCUGUCUACCCCAAAUACCGAACGCGAGAGGUCCACUCGCUUCACUACUUCACAAUUGUCCCGAGUUAACCAGUAUUCACAGAACAAAGAGUCUGUCAACGAGUCAUCAUCUUCAGAACCGAUUUCCAAGGCCGCUGAACUUAGGCAGAAAUAUGGUAUCAGCGUCCUAGUCCCAUCUCAGAACGCAGAUUCCAAACAGAUUAUUUUACGUGGUACACCCAGCCAAUUGGAAGCAGCCAAAACGGAGCUGGUUGAAUGGGUGAAACAAUGUGAGGCGCUUAAAGCGGAUCGAAUCGCUCGCAGCUUUGAACGUACUCUAACCGUACCUACUCGUUUCAUCCAGGAUUUACUUACUGCCCGACCCAAGCUCGUCGAGUCGCAUGGCGUUAGCGUUCGUUUCGGAGCAGAUGUGCUCACUGAUGAAAUAACUAGCGAUAGUAAGGAUCUUGCUGAUACAACUUCUGGCAAUGAUAUUGGCGCUCGCGCGAGUGAUGGCUCCGCGGUUGAGUGCAACUCUGCUGGAAAAUCUCACACUGAACGCAUGUGCACGGUCAUUGUCCGUGGGUAUCAGGAUAAAGUAUCAGAUGCACUGAAGGACCUGGAAACGAUCGUCGCCAGGCUUCAGUCUAACACUACGGAAAGUGUAUACAUACCAGCUGAGGUCCAUCCACACCUUAUAGGAUCGGGUCGAUCUGCCAUUUCCAAAGUGAUGGCGGAUUACAAUGUGCGCAUCACCUUUCCAAAUAGAAAUAACCGUCAGAUAACCGAUCCUAACACCGUGUACGUCACAGGUGCAGAAAACGAUGUGGAUAAAGCUUGCGAUUACCUGGUGGCAAAGGCCAAUGACAUACUGUACCGUUUGGAUUCGGAGAACCGCACUUCUCGCGGCAAACAGUAUCGCGAGGAAAUUUUGCCCACCCCUGCCAACGGUUAAAUGGAAUAUACAACCUUGUCAGGUGGAAGAGGAAAUCCAGUGCACGUCUUUCUUUACCUUGUCCCAUUGCUCCGACCUGUUGCUGUAUGUGCCUUAGUCACAUUUAUCUUUGCUCCACUUCGUGCAUGCGGUAGCUCCACUUGACAUUAAUCUCCAAAGCGGAGCUCCGUAUUGUUUUCGCUUUCUUUGUCUACAUUUCGAUGGUAUGUGGUGUAUCCAUCGGCCACAGUCAGCUUUUCUUUUCAGUUUUCCGCACCGCGCUUGGUAUUGCGCAUCUUCAUUUUGCUUUGUCUCCGUUUGCAGUUCAGACGGUGGGGUCAUUUUUACUUGCUGAAAUUGUUGUUCUAAUCACUAUGGUUUGCCGCUGUACUUGCAGACGGUUUAUUUCUUUACCUGCUUCGCUUAUUAACCGGUACCUUGUCUGAUCAUCCCAAGAUAUUUGGUGCUCAUGGUCAGGUGUCCACGCUCCGUUCUUCCUAGAUUUUACUGACCGGUUUUUGCCGUAGUGCUUCUCGAAUCGAAUGGGUUUAAUCGCUUGUUUUCUCAGCUUGUUUCUUCUUAUCUCACUGAAUAGGUGAAUAACUCUUGAACCCCUCCAGUGUCGUGAUUUUCAUUCUGUCUAAAAUAGAUUACGAAUGCCUGGAAUUCCAUUUUCGCGUGCAUAUGAGCUUGGAGAAACACUUCCUGUACUGUAACGUCGCCGUGUCUGUGUCCGAUUAGUCACUUCCUUCUUCCACAGUGUUUACUUGCGUUUCAAAUAGCCCACUAAUCGAAUUUAAUGGUUCAGCAGGUAAGAGCGAAAGAGUUUUGGUAGCAUGACUCACAUUUGACGACACGUGGAGCCAGGUACUAUCAGAUUAAUCAUACGCAUUAUAACAAGCCGUAUUGGAAUAGUAGCCUCCCUACCUGGAUUCACAUAAGUUAAAUCCCGUUGUAUAUUCAUAAAACUACGAAUCCAAGUUGUUAAUGUACAUGGAGUUAUUUUUCCACAUUAAAACGGGCAAGCUGUCUGACCGUUGUUUCCGCUACCAAAGCUCUAUCGUGUACCAAUGUCAUUAAUGCAUACUGUUUCAGCUCCAAACUAACUGUACACUCACUCAGUUAGUGAAGUCAGGUGAAGCUUGAACAUAUCAUCACACUUCAACCACACACUGCAUCCGACGUCGUGCAGUUUCAAAAGGGUCAUCUUAUCUGCUGCAUACAGCAGGCCGGAUAAGCGACAACAAGCUUCUCUGCUUGUUUCUCCCACUCCUCUCCCAACCCCAUUAAUAACACAUACGUCUGUAGUAUGCACUUGAAAAUAUGCAGAAUUUUUCCCGUAUAACUCCUGCGGCAAUUUUGCGUUAACUUUUCUGCUAGAAACCUUGCUUCUAUAAUUCCCAUAUUAAAAGGGCCAGUGUAGGGAGGCUGGAGAGGGCGCCGCACUGCGUCGGUGCGGAGGAAGACGUGAGUGCAGGUAGAGAGUCCGCUGUGUAUUUGCACAUCUCUAGUCUGUUCACGGGGCGGGGUCGGGCGUAGUGAACGCAUGCGUUGAGCUAGGGAGGACGCAAAGUUAAGCGGAGGCAUAACCGACGAUGCGGGAGGU